GCGACAGCCUGCCACCUUCCUGCUGCCAGUGUGAACAGACAUGGCUGCUCUCAGCAAAAUCCCGCACAACUGCUACGAAAUCGGUCACACAUGGAGCCCGUCGUGCGUGCAGUCUGCUGCCGAUGUGACUAGGAGUGCCCUGGAGGUGUCCUUCAAAAUAUACGCUCCUCUUUACCUGAUAGCAGCAGUUCUAAGGAGAAGGAAGAAGGAUUACUAUUUAAAAAGGCUUAUCCCAGAGAUCCUUUGGUCUACCUCUUUCUUAACCACUAAUGGGGGUCUCUACAUUGUUUUCUUCUGCAUUCUCAGGAGACUUUUGGGAGGCUUCUACUCCUGGUCUGCCGGGUUUGGCUCAGCACUGCCUGCCUCCUAUAUUGCCAUCCUACUGGAGCGCAAGAGCAGGAGAGGGCUGCUGACAAUAUACAUGGCAAAUCUUGCCACUGAGACUUUGUUUCGCAUGGCGGUGACACGAGGCGUCGUCAAACCUAUUAAACAUGGCGAGGUGCUCUUGUUCUGCAUUACUGCAUCACUCUUUAUGUUCUUCUUCAGGAGUAAAGAUGGUCUCAAAGGCUUUGCAGCCUCUGCAUUGAAAUUCAUCAUUGGGAAAGAAGAGAUCCCAACACACUCAGUGGUAGCUGGUGAGUCACAACCAUCAGCAGAAAAGCCUGACUCUAGAAGGAAGACUCUUCUAGCCUCCACCAGAGAACUGCUUGAAUCAAUAUGCAAACGGGGGCCAAGACACAGAUGUUGCAAACAUUACAAUGACAACUGCAUGUCCUACUGUGUCAAAGGUUUUGUCAGGAUGUUCAGUGUUGGCUGCGUGAUUCAGUGUUUACUUAAAGUGCCGUCAGCAUUCAGACAGAUGUUCUCAAAACCUUCCCGGCUCCCCUCCCUCUUCUACAACAAAGACAACUUCCAGCUUGGGGUCUUUCUAGGCUCCUUCGUCAGUAUCUAUAAGGGAACAAGCUGCUUGCUGCGCUGGAUGCGUAACAUUGAUGAUGAACUCCAUGCGCUGAUAGCUGGCUUCCUGGCUGGAGUUUCAAUGUUCUUCUACAAAAGCACAACAAUAUCCAUGUAUCUCUUCUCUAAGCUGGUGGAGACUAUCUACUUCAAGGGCAUUGAGGCUGGCCGGCUACCAUACAUUCCUCAUGCAGACACAAUCAUAUAUGCCGUCUCCACUGCUAUCUGCUUCCAAGCUGCAGUGAUGGAAGUGCAGAACCUCAGGCCGACAUACUGGAAGUUCCUGCUCCGUUUAACUAAGGGCAGGUUUGCCCUGAUGAACCGACAGUUGCUAGAUGUGUUUGGGACUGAGGCUUCCAGGGACUUUAAAGGCUUUGUGCCCAAACUGGACCCUCGUUACACCACGGUGCCCAGCAGCACAGUGCUUCUACCAGGAGGUGACGUCCAACUGGGAUGAUUUGGGACCAAGCUCUUGGAGUGACUUUGAGGUUACCUCAACAUGAAACUGACAGCCUGGUUGUUCUUUCUGAGGAACUUAAAGGUGUCUAAAGGUGUGAUGCUGCUUAAGAGCAGCGGUGUGCUAUGAAAAAGGAUGCUUUGGAUUACACCUAAGCUCUGUCCAAAGCAGAGUGUUAAUUGUUGAGCUGCAGAAACACACUUACUGACACAGACUGAACUUACAGGUAACUGGGAACUGGUAAAAAAAAAAAAAAAAUGCUAAGAUUUCAUUGAAAAUCUGUCAUUUUG